UGACGUGACCCCGGGUUGAGUCGCAGAGUUAACUCUUUCAUUGUAUGAAGUUUUGGGGAGGGAUAUUUUUCUGGUUCCAUGGAUUGCACAGACCGGGUAACGAUCAGUAAAAUAGAAAUCAGGAAACUAAUAAUGGACACAAAUUCAAGUGCUGCUGUGAACUCUGAGACAGACAGACCUGUUAAAAACCCCUUUAAAGUGAUCAGGUUUAUUAUGGAAACUGGUGUUAAGCUGGGAAUGCAGUCCAUCCCGCUUGCCACAGCUUGUACCGUAUACCACAGAUUCUUCAAAGAGACCAAUGUGGAUAACUAUGACCCUUACCUGGUGGCCAUGUCUGCAAUUUACCUUGCCGGGAAAGUAGAAGAGCAGCACUUGAGAACCAGAGACAUUAUUAAUGUCUGCCACAGGUGUCUGAAUCCAGGAAGUGAGCCACUGGAGGUUGACAUCAAGUUUUGGGAGCUGAGGGACAGCAUCGUGCAUUGCGAAUUAUUGAUGCUUAGGCUUUUGAAUUUUCGAGUUUCUUUUGAACAUCCACACAAGUACCUCCUUCAUUACCUGAUGUCUUUAAAAAGCUGGAUGAACCGGCACACUUGGGACCGUACACCUAUUGCCACAGCCUCAUGGGCCCUUUUGCGGGACAGCUACCACGGUGAUAUAUGCCUUCGGUAUAAGCCCCAACAUAUUGCAGUGGCCGUGCUGUAUUUUGCCUUGCAAUGCUAUGGAGUAGAGGUGCCGUGUAAUGAGAAUGCCGAGACUGAGUGGUGGCAGGUUUUUAGUGAAGAUAUCACAAAACUAAUCAUCAACAAUAUUAUAUCUGAUCUCAUCCACAUUUAUACAUUGGAUACGGAGAUAGCGUGACCCAACUCCGUAGUGAAUGUGUAGGACUGGUUUCCUUGCCUGGAUGUGUGGAGAGUUGCAGUAACAUGGCUUAUGGACUUCGUUUGGAAAUAUCCUACUGGAUGCCAAAAAAGAAA